AUGACCACCGAGACAGAAUACUCCGAUCGUCAGUUCCGAGACGGGUCCACCCCUACCGAUUCCGAGUCUUCCCUUUCUCGCAACGAACUGCACGAUAAACCAAUUGACAAUGAGGCCGACGAGCAUGACCCUGAGGCAUUGACUCGGCUCGAAACUGCCCAGUCGACACUCAAGCCACCUUCAGUGCUUUGGAAGGAGAUUGCGUUCAUCGCGGUAGUAUGUAUGGCUCAAUUCAUGACGCAAGCUGGGCUAUGUAUGUCUAUCGCACCGGCACAUAUCAUCGGGGACAGCUUCGGAACCACCAGUGCAGGAGAGCUAAGCUGGUUUGCCGCAGCCUAUAGUCUGACCGUCGGCACUUUUAUUCUGGUUGCGGGUCGGCUUGGAGAUGUGUAUGGUCAUCGUCUCAUGUUCAUCAUCGGCUUCGCGUGGUUCGGACUGUGGUCACUUCUGGCUGGGUUUAGUGUAUGGUCCAACAAAAUCUUCUUCGAUUGCUGCCGGGCACUUCAGGGCAUCGGCCCAGCUUUGUUGCUCCCGAAUGCGAUUGCGAUCCUCGGCCGUGCAUACCCCCCGGGCCUGCGCAAAGAAAUGAUUUUCAGCUGUUUCGGUGCCACUGCUCCUGGCGGGUUCAUCGUCGGUGGUGUAUUCUCAUCAAUAUUCGCGCAGCUCGUGUGGUGGCCUUGGGCGUACUGGGUGAUGGGAAUUGUUUGCUUCGUGUUGUCGGUGCUAGGCCUGCUGGUUAUACCACAAACUCACCGGCCGCAGUUCAAGGAUGACCUAUCGACGUGGGCUCGCUUGGACGUCGUUGGAGCGACAACCGGUAUCUCAGCACUAGUACUGAUCAACUUCGCCUGGAACCAAGCAGCUCUGGUCGGUUGGCCGACGGUGUAUACCUAUGUUCUUCUCAUCGUCGGCUUUGUCCUUUUCGGUAUCUUCGUCUGGGUCGAAGGCUCGGCCUCAUGUCCACUGAUCCCCCGGUCGGUUCUGACAGGGGAUUUGGCAUGGGUGCUCGGAUGCAUUGCUGCCGGCUGGUCUAGCUUUGGCAUAGUCAUUUAUUAUUUCUAUCAGUUCAUGGAGGUGAUCAAAGGAGACUCGCCUCUACUAGCAACGGCGAAGUGGUCUGCUGCUGCACCGUCCGGGGCAGUCGCCGCCCUCGUCACCGGCUUCCUUCUCGGCCGAUUGCCACCGAGUGUGAUCAUGUUCUGCGCCAUGUGUUUCUUCACCGUCGGUCAGGGCCUUGUUGCCACAAUACCUUUGAACCAGACCUAUUGGGCCCAAGCAUUCGUUGCUAGCUUGAUCACUUCAUGGGGAAUGGACAUGUCAUUCCCAUCCGGCACCUUGAUCCUCAGCAAUUCUAUGCAUCACCACCACCAAGGGCUCGCAGCCUCCUUGGUCACCACGACAGUGAACUAUUCGAUCUCGCUUGGGCUGGGCUUUGCUGGUACCGUGGAGUCAAAUGUCAACAACGGGGGGAAAGCUGCGCUUCGGGGAUACCGCGGUGCGCUAUAUCUAGGUAUCGGACUUGCUGGUCUCGGAGUGGUAACCUCGGUUUUCUUUAUGCUUGUCAGCUGGAAGCGAUAUAGAAAGGAAAAUUUGUCAGCUUGA